CCAAACAUUGGAGGACUACAAUAGGCGUUGUUGUUGUUCAUCGGUUGUGAAUCAAAAUAAGAAUAAACAAGUGGCUCAACAUACUCAAAAAUAGAUAUAAGCCCAUAGUGAUAAAAGGAAUUAAAAUCGCUAAUUACUUAGCAGUAUAAAAAGUGCAAAAUGGGUUGUGCGGAGAGCAAGGAUGGCGAGGGGGAGGCGCAAAACAAUAGGCCUAAAUACCGGUCCUGCACGGACACCUUUUGGCUGGCUAUUUACAUUAUAUUCUGGCUGUUUUUGAUUGUGAUCGCCAUAUUCUCGUUUGUUUACGGCAAUCCCUUGCGCAUCAUCAAUGGCUACGAUUCCUUUGGCAACACCUGUGGCGUCAAGCACAACGAGAAGUUCCAGGGCUUUCCUCUGUCCGGCCUGAAUACCCUCGACAAACCAGAGCUCUUCUACUUCGAUGUCAAGGAGCUGAAAAAGUCCUUGAAAAUAUGUGUCAAGUCGUGUCCCGCCAAAACCAUGACUAAAGGAAAAGAGUUGCUGGAUUACUACAGUCAAACGGGCACUCAGCUCUGCAAAUACGACUACAACAUGCAGCAACUGAAUACGGCGGGAGAAAGUUCCAGUACCUUCAAUUUCCUGGGUCCCUGUCCCAGUUUACCCGUCCAUGAGAGUGCUCCUGUCCUCCAUCGUUGUGUGCCCAAGGGCACUGGAGAGAAGGUUCAGAACUACUACGACAUGCUCAACAACUGGGAUGUGGCCCAGCAGUUCGUUGGUGAUAUUUACUCCACCUGGCACAUAAUUGCCAUGGUCUGUGGACUGGCCUUGCUCAUUUCCAUUGCCCUUGUGACCAUGAUGCACUGGCUGUCGCGCAUUGUCUCCUGGGUCAUCUGUGUCCUGGUUAUAGUGGCCAGUGUGGCACUCACCGUCGCGCUGUGGUAUGCCUACUAUAACAUAAAACACAAGUCUGGCAAUAACACGCAAUACUCCCUGCUGGAAGAGUAUGUGCGCAAUCAGCAGGCAGUUUUAACUUUGGCUGUCUUGGCCACCAUAACUAUGAUAAUCCUGGUGGUAGUGAUAUACUUUUUGAAGAACAAACUGUCUGGCUUGUCUGCCCUUUUUGAGGAAGCUGGCCAGUGCAUGAUGAAUCUUCCCGGACUUUUGAUUGCCCCGCUAAUAGCUUUUAUUGUGCUUAUAGCCUUUUUAAGCUUCUGGGUGGCAGUGGUUAUCUGCCUGGCCACAGCCAGCUCUCCUGGCCAGAGUCCCAUUGCUCCGUUUGACAAUUCAAAGGCCCAUCAGCAACCUCUGCCAACCAAUUCCCUUUUUUUGCCCAACAACACCAAUGCCGAUGAUAUAAGAACUAACUCGCGUGUAGAAUAUGCCGAUGCUGGAGCCCUUCGCAGCAUGUUCUGGAUCUAUGUGGUGGGUCUUAUAUGGACUGUGGAGUUUAUUUUCGCCUGCCAGCAAUUUGCAUUGGCAGCCGCAGUGGCCUUCUGGUACUUUCAAAAGCCGACAACCACACCCACGACUUACGCCAUUGGCAAACUGAUCAAGUAUCAUUUGGGUACGGUCGCCAAGGGAUCAUUUAUAAUCACUAUUUUCAAGAUUCCCCGCCUGAUACUCACAUAUUUGUAUGCCAAAUUGAAAAAGGGCGAGGAUAAGGGAUCGGAGUGUGCCGCCUGCUGUUUGAAAUGCUGCAUUUGUGGCUUCUGGCUUCUGGAGAAGUUCAUUCGCUUCUUAAAUCACAAUGCCUACACGGUGGUGGCUAUUGAAUCCAUUAACUUUUGUCCCGCGGCAGGCAUUGCUUGGAAUGCCAUGGCCACGAAUGUUCUGCAAGUGGCGACCAUCAACAGCGUUGGCGAUUUCAUCCUUUUCUUGGGAAAGGUUGUGGUGGCCGCGCUCUCCGGCCUGAUUGGUAUCGUUUUGCUCAAGGACAUGCCCGGUCUAAACUUUUACAUGGCCCCCGUCAUUAUCAUUAUAAUAUUCUCCUUCUUUAUUGCUCAUAUUAUACUAUCACUGUUUGAGAUGGUGGUAGAUACUCUAUUCCUGUGCGUCUGCGAGGAUAAGACUUUAAAUGGACGCUCUGGUCGCUGGGCACAGAGUAAUCUAGCCAAACUCGUAGGCGAGGACCCCCUGCAGCCUGGCGAGGAGCCGCCCAUCGAGGUGGUCCAGAUGAUGCCCAUCAACAAGCAGCCAUUCAGUAUAACCCGACUCCCCCAAUCCGAUCCCGAAGUGGCUCCCAUGUCGCCAGAGUAGCUCUAAGAGGCAGCCGGCAGCUUUGGCUUAUGUAUUCCAGCCCCAGAAACUCCCGAAACUCAACGCACAUCUCAUUAGGAUGUUAAUAUUUAUAAACAUAACAUGCAUAACUCCGUCGCGACGUACAAAGCAAAACAGUGGGACUAAUAAUAUCUGGUAAUCUUGUCUAUUGAUAUAUUCAAACUUAGGAUGCACAGUUUGUAAACGUAUUUAUAAAGUUUAAUCGUUUUUGUAUCUAAAUGUAAAAUUGAGGUGUUUAAACCUUUUUCACACGUUUAA